ACUUGUAUCGUGGCUCGGGAGCAAUGUAGGACUGGAGAUAGUUCUGGACCUUGCCAAGAAGUGGUGACUACACCGGUCUCAUCACGUAGUCAGCCUUGGUGUUCUCGAUGGCCGAAAACACGGGAAGGGAAGUAGGCACUGGCCAGUGUUGAUCCGUUACCUGAUCCUCGGACGCGCUAGAGGCAGGCUGGGGCAGGCUGGAGACAACCAAGCUCUGUGGGCCGUGGGUAGGGUUGACGAUGCCCUUCAACCACCACGGGGGCCAAAAGGCGGGGCUAGAACCAUUAGAGAGUCGUCAUGUCAAUCAAUCCCGCUCUACAUCGCUGGUAGUGAGGGGAGGGCUUAUAUGUCGGACAAAUCUUGACCGCUUUCCAGGCCCGUUCCUGAGACCCGUGGGGGUGGUCACGAUGGUGCAUCCCCAAUGUCGAGGCUGGCCAACUGGCGAAUCGUCCUGGUGUAACCACUCUUCAGCCACCCUUGGGAAGCAAGGAGUUAGAUCCGGAAGACUGGGGGGGGCGUGUCGCAGCGUACUGAGCCACAUUCUACCCAUGAGAAAGAACGUCAUUGGAGAGGUGGUGGUGGUGACACGAAGUCGACAUCAGACACUGAGAUACCGAACUGAGGAUCCCGAGGUAGAGACGCCGAGAAGACACCGACCAGAAGAUGCCGACACAAAAGUGACUCGAUGGUCAAUUCAGUCGUCAUUCGUCAAGAGGGAGUCGCUCUUCAAAGUCUCUUCACCCUCGUUGCUCCUUAUUGCAGGCCAUCAAGGAAAGCAUCAAGGCACGCCCAAGGUCACACAACCGCAAGAUCUGCAGAGUUGGGAGCCAAGCGCUUGUCCAUUUGACGAAUCUGGAAGAUCUGCUCGACCCUUUUGCCGUAUGCGGUAAUCAGAAUGCUGUCGAUGGUGUUGAGAUGCUGACAGGAGAACAGCGAAAACAGCGGUGGAAGGCCGGAGAGAAGUGCAUUUGAUGAGAGAAUGAGGGGGUAUUGAAGAGGAAGAGAAAACUUAGUG